AUGGCUGACCCCGCGAACAUCGUCCCGACUCUGGACGAAAAGCAGUCGCUCUCCGACGCUUCGCUCGAGAAGAGGGCCUCCGAUGCCGGCGCCGUCGACGACGCUCGCAUGGCAAAGGAGGUCGAGGAGUUCGAGGACCGCCUCCAACACGACGAGGCUCCCGACGAAGAGUACCUCGUCCAAGAGGCCUACGAGGUCGCCAUCAAGGUCUUGUCCAACCAUGACGACCCCGAGCUCCCGGCGGUCACCUUCCGCACCAUCAUCCUUGGUCUUGGCUUCGGUGCCUUUGGCGCUGUCCUUGCCCAGAUUUACUACUUCAAGCCGCAGACGCUCAACGUCUCCGCCUUGUUCCUCCUCGUCCUUUCGUACUGGUUCGGAAACGCCAUGCACAUGAUCAUCCCCUCCGGCGGCAUCUUCCGCUACCUAACCCCGGUCCCUUCAACACUUCCUUCGCCUACUCAUGCCCCUUCAGUCAAGGAGCAUGUCUCGAUCAUCAUCAUGUCUUCCACGGCCGCUACCUCUGCCACCGCCAUCCAGGUUAUCUCCGUCCAGGACUUGUACUACGACAACCAGCUGAAUGCUGGCCUCGCCAUCUUCACCCUGAUUGGCUCCCAGCUCAUUGGCUACGGUUUCGCCGGCUUGCUCCAGGACAUGCUCGUCCGCCCGACCAAGUGCUUCUGGCCUGGCAAGAUCUCGACCGCUAACCUGUUCCAGGCGCUGCACUUUGACAACCAGAUGACCUCGAAGCGUGUCCGCCUCUUCUGGACCGUCUUCGUCGUCAUGUUUGUCUGGGAGAUCAUCCCCCAGUGGAUCUUCCCCCUCCUCACCGGUAUCUCGAUCUUCUGCCUCGCCAACAACACCAACCCGAUCUUCCGCAACGUGUUCGGUGGUGCGAGCAACAACGAGGGCAUGGGCUUCCUCUCGUGGUGCCUCGACUGGAACCUCAUCGGCUCCGACUGCCUCUUCAACCCCCUCUGGCUCCAGAUCAACCAGAACAUCGGCAUUUGCCUCACCUACAUCCUCAUGGCCGGCGUAUACUACGGCAACGUCUGGCGCUCCAAGGACUUCCCCUUCAUGUCCCAGGCGAUCUUCGCCGAGGACGGCACGCAGUACAACCAGACCGCGCUCCUUACGAACGGCAAGUUCGACGCGGACAAGUACGCGACGCUCGGCCCUGCCUUCUUCUCGGGCACCAACGCGCUCUAUUACGUCACCUCCAACCUCUCCCUCGGUGCGACGUUCACCCACGUCUUCUUCUGGCACUGGCAGGACAUCAAGCCCUUCCUGAGGUCGUUCAACCCCUGGAACAAGGAAGAGUACGUCGUCCACGACCCCCACUGGGAGAAGAUGAAGGUCUACAAGCAGAUCCCCCGCUGGUGGUACUUCGUUCUGCUCGCCGGCGCAUUUGCCAUCGCCCAAGCCACCAACUACGAGGGUCACUCUGGCCUCCCGUGGUGGGCGCUCAUCGUGCUGCUCAUCAUCUCGUUCAUCAUGUCGCUCCUCUUCGCCACCCUCGACGCGACGAUCGGUUUCCGCGAGUUCAACUCCUCGGCGAACGGCUUCUACCAGAUGAUCACCUCCUACCUCGUUCCCGGUGACCCGAUCGCCAACCUGUACGGUGCGCUUUACGGCCAGCACCCGCAGGGUCAGUGCAUUGCCAUGCUCGGCGACCUCAAGCUCGGCCAGUACUGCAAGCUUGCGCCCAUCCUCGGCACUGUCGUCGGCGCCAUCCUCAACUGGGUCAUGAUGGUCACGAUCAUCGACGCCAACCGCGAAGCACUGCUCUCGAUCGCCGGCACCCGUCUCUGGUCCGGCCAGAACGCGCAGUCCUUCAACACCAACGGGAUCUCGUGGGGCGGCCUCGGCCCGCAGAUGUUCGGCAUCAACGGUGUCUACCACAUGGUCCCGAUCUCGCUCGCGAUCGGCGUCUUCCUCCCGCUCCCCUUCAUCGCGGCGUGGUACAUCUGGCCCAAGUCCGGGUUCGAGAACUUCAGCACCCCGAUCAUCCUCCAGUACUCGUGCUACCUCUCCGUCGGCAUCAACACCUCGGUGAACCCCGCGAUGGCGAUCGGCCUCUUCUCGCAGUGGUGGGUGCGCACGCGCUACCCGCGCUGGUUCACGAAGUACAACUACAUCGUCGCCGCCGCGCUCGACGGCGGAACGCAGGUCAUCUCCUUCAUCCUCAACUUCGCCGUCUUCGGCGCGUCCGGGACCGCGCACAGCUUCCCCGAGUGGUGGGGCAACGACCUCAGCCUCUCCGCGGACCGCUGCGCGCCGGCGUAG